AUGGCAAGCAACUUUCUUAGUCAGCCCAGUCUGGCAAAAAUUAGCGAAGGCGUAGGCAACGGAAGCUCGGAAGAUGACAAAGGAAGAAUGAAGCAUCGAUUUUCUGAACCGUGGGAAGAUAGCGACCUGAUUCUUUUGGUGGAGGAUGAGAAAUUUCAUGUUCAUCGCCUCAUAAUGAGCAUGAACUCAGCAGUGUUUAAGGCCAUGUUCAAAUCGCAGUUCAAAGAAGCAACCGCUAACGAGAUUCCAUUACCAGGGAAAAAAGCAAAUGAAAUAUUGGAUCUCUUAAAGCGUGUUUACUCCAAGCAAUUUAUUGAAGAGCCGGUGGAAAUCAUUGAAGAAAACGUGGAACAUCUUCUAAAGCUAAGCGACGAGUACCAGAUCAAACACAUCUUUGAUGCUUGCAUCAAUUUCGUUGAAACCCACCCAAAGACAAAACAAAAUGUGAUGAAACUUCGAAAGAUGGCGACGAAUUACAACCUUGACCGUGUCCGAGACGAGUGCGACAAUUUGCUCAAGAAUUUGAAGCUGACGACAUUAAGUGAAAUUGUUGAUUUAAAGGGCCUUGACCAAGAAACCUUACAAUAUUUCCUGGAGCAAAGGAUUAAGCGACUAGAAACUGCUUUGGAUAAAGUAUAUCCUGAAUUUAUGGGAAUGGUAGAGUGUUUGUUUUGGCUGAUGACUGAAAAGUGUUUCUUCGGUUGUUGCGGGGAACAUUUUACUGAUGAGGGCCGGUUAAGGCCAGGAAAAUGUAUUGAUAGUGAAGAGAUAAGACAGUGUUAUCAAUGUAGCUGUAUGUUUCGUUCAAUGUUCAAAUCGUCC